GUUUUACAUCAUUACGGUUGGUGUCGAAAUAGUCUCCCAUCAACGAGAAAAUAUAUAAAUAUCAGCUGAAUAGAAUCAGUGUUAUGCUUAUUUUUGACAAUUUUGAAGGAUAAAAUGAAUAAAUCAAUUGAUCUUUUAUCGUUACGAUUGGCUGAUAUUGAACAACGUUUAUAUGGUUUUAAUACGGCAAAUUUUUCGGCGACCGGUGAAAUAUCGGGUGAACAUCAAAAUGUACAACAGCAACAGCCAAAUCUUAUCGAAAUGCUUGCUGAAAUUGAAUCCAAAUUAAAAUCCCUAACAAUUGGUAAAGAUAGAUUUAAUCAAUGUUAUAAUGAAUUGCAACGAUUACAAAAAUGGCUACGGGAAGAUGAUCAAAUGGAUUUAUUAAUUCGUACAUUUGGUAGUCAUUCAUCGGUUAUAAAAUUUGAACAAGUUCUUGCAUUUGAAGAUGAAAUUCGUUCGGAUUUUGAUCGUAUCGAACAAAUUAAUCGAUUAAAACCAUCAUUAGAUCAAAAAAAUUUUAUACGAAUCGCUGAAUUGGAACCAAAAUUAAUUCGAUUAAAACUACAGCUAUUCGAAGCAAAACAACAAUCAAAACAAUUAGAUUUGGAAACAAAAGAAUUAAUCGAACGAUUUAAUCAAUGGUACGGAAAUUUGAUUGAAAAUUUUCAACAAAUUCAUAAAGAUCUUGAUGAAUUAGAACACAAAAAGGAUUUGAAUAAAUAUGAUUUAUAAAUAAUGAAUAAUUAAAAAAAUUUUUACAAAA